AUGGCAAUCAACCGUAAUUUAAUUAUCUUCGCAGGGUUAUUAGCGUCUUUUACACUCGCCAGUUUCCCGGCAAACGUUGCCGGCGAGCCACCUCUCUUGUUCACCUUCGGCGACUCUUCCUACGAUGUAGGCAACACCAAGUUCUUCUCAUCAGCGUUCGAUCCGGCCACCACCUGGCCAUACGGCGAGUCCAUCGACUUUCCGACCGGUCGUUGGUCGGACGGCAACAUUGUCCCAGAUUUCAUCGGUCGAUUGGUUGGUAAUCAAGAACCUGUACCUCCGGUUCUUGAUCCAAAAGGUGAUCUCUCUCGUGGAGCAAGCUUUGCCAUUUCUGGAGCAACUGUUCUUGGAUCUCCAUCUGACACUAUGAGUUUUGGACAACAGAUAUUGAAGUUUAUUGAGUUACAUAAGAAGUGGAGCGAUAAAGAACGAGCAGAAGCUAUAUACAUGAUCAACAUCGGAGCUGAUGAUUACUUAAAUUUCGCCAAGGCUCAUCCAAAUGCUAAUCCUGUGGAGCAAGUUGCUUUUGUUGCCCGUGUUCUUCAAAAGCUAUCCAGAGAUCUAAUGAGUUUGUACAAGUCAGGUGGGGCGAGAAAGUUUGCGGUACAGAACUUGGGACCGCUUGGUUGUUUACCAAUAGUGAGACAAGAGUUUAAGACAGGUGAAAGUUGUAUGGAGAUGGUUAACUUUAUGGUGAAAACACACAAUGAACGGCUUGGUCAUGUGCUCUUUGCUAUCACCGUAAGAUUCCGUAGCUUACGGUACAGCGUCUUUGAUUUCAACGGUGAAAUUCUCCGCAGGAUCAAUGAACCAUCAUGCCACGGGUAUACUGAUACGACGACCUCUUGCUGCGGUACUGGAUCGAGAAAUGCGUUCGGGUGUGGCUAUAGCAACGUGCAUUCGAAACUCUGCAGUUACCAGAAAGGAUUUUUGUUCUUUGACGGGCGUCACAACACUGAGAAAACUGAUGAAGAGAUUGCCAAUCUGUUCUAUGCUGGAGACAGACAUGUUGUCUAUCCGGUGAACAUAAGGGAUCUUGUAGGUAAAUCGGUGACUUUUCUUCCAGCGCAAGAAAUCUAGAAAAGCCCUAGUUUCGUUCUGUUUGACUGUUUCUUUGUGAAAUAAGUAAACGGCCGUUUGUUUGUAAGCUAUAAAACUCAUUUUCCAUUGAGAAUAAACAAAAAGUACCGUUUCUUGAU